AUGGCGGUCUGUGCCAUCCAACACGUUGAUGUGUGCAUGUUUAACAAUGGAAAAUUUAAAAAUGUUGUAGCCGAUUCUGACAAUGUCUCACCGCCGCCGGUGGAACAGCAUGUUGCUCCGGGAACUACUCUCAAUACCACCGUUAUUUUAAAACCUCAACGAGGAGCCACUAAAAAUUGGAUCGCUUUGGAAGAUACACUGCAGCGCAGUACAGAACCCGACGAAAUAACCGCCGAUAUAGCAGCUUCCGCUCUACGUACUCCUCAUUUUCUAAUGCAAGCCAAUCAUUCGCCCAAUAAGUGCUCAAGUCCUGGUGUCCUUAUACCACCCACCGCUUUAACGGCAGCUGUCACACACGGUGCCACCAAUAGUGAUGAACGUAAUGUUUUUGCCAUUUAUGUGUCCUAUUAUGUUAAAGUCAAAUUAACGCUGUCGGGUAUGGGUGGCGAAUUGUCGCUCAAGUUGCCCUUUUUACUAGUGCAUAUCGAUGAAGAGCAGAGAUUAAAGCAUGAGAAACAAAAGAUUAAAUUAGAGGAAGUACCUGCCCACCGUAGGAGUAGCAAACACUCUAAGUCACCCGAACGUCAAAAGCAGUCAUCCGAGGAGUAUAAUUUGCCAACCAGUUUAGAUCGCAUUGAAUCUAUAGAUGGAGAAAAUGUCCAUAUUAAGGUGACCCAUGUCAGCAGCUGUGAUGGUGAUGGUGUAGUAGAGGCCUCCAUACAGGCAGAGGCUGAAGAUGAAAUAGCUGAAGAGCCUCAGCCUUCUACUAGUUUGGCUUUACGUCGACGACGUCAGUCGUUUAUGCGCAGUGAAAGUAUAGAUCAUGGUUUGGAAGAUGAUGUAGCAGGUGUAGGAAAACCAUUGGACUUGGAGAAAGUGUUGCAUGUAGCUCAAGUACACACUGAGUCCAAAGAAAUAGACCAUACAGAACAGUCGGAUAGUAAUAUUACUAAAUCAUGA